UAAACAUCAUUUAUUUGCUAGUAAAAACAUACUUGAUAUAUUUAAAAUUUUAUGUUUGAAAAUAAGUUAUUUUAAAAAAAAAUAAUUAAAAAAAAUGAUAAAAACAAAGGCACUAAUGUCACUUCUUUCUCAAUCUCUUGAUUCUUCUAUUACGUCUUCAAUUUUAUUAACUUCUUCUGGUCAAUUGUUGUCUCAAGCGUCAGAAUCGCAAAAAAAGGCGCGUAUUUAUGCAGCUUUUGCAGCACAUAUAUGGUCUUGCUAUGAAAAAAUAGGAUUAGAUGGUAAAAUAGGGUCUUUAACUGGCGAAAAUAGAAAAAUAUUCGGUUGUAAUUGGCUUGGUAUUGAAUGCCUAACGGGAAAUUUAUUGAUUUUAUGCAUUCGUUUCCCACAACUUGAAAAAUCUUUACAUGUUUCUGUUUUAUCAGAACCUAUAUUAUUAUGUUUAGUAGGUAACGAAAGUUCUAAAUUAGGUUUUAUGCAUAUGAAGGCUGAAUCUAUUGAGAAAUAUCUUUUAAAGGAAUUGGAAGGAAUUAGGGAUAUCUAA